UUAUCUCAUUACAUCAGUUCCUUAAUCAUUCAAUUGACCCAAAACCAAAAACCUAGCUACACAACAUAAACCAUCCGCAGCCAGUGAGAGAGUAUUACCGGAAAAACAGAGAGAGACGCGGAGAGAGGUCGCCGGCCAGAGCCCGCCGUUUGCGCCACCGCCAUUGUUGACGCACCGGCAUCCCUCAGCCGCCGCCGCCACCAUUCACCGCACGCGGUUCCGUCCACAGUCCAACGGCAAACGACCAAAACCAGAGAGAGAGACGAUGAUUGCCACCGACGCUCCGCCGACCGCGACUUCAAAUUGCGUCGUCGCCACCUAGCGACCACCGGACCUGAGACAGCCGCCGUUCGCCCCUGUUCGCGACACCAACCGUCGUCCGCCGAUCGAAGGAUCCGUCAUCACCGGUCACCGUCAGUCGUCGUUGCUGCCGUUUUCCUUUUCGCAGCGCCAACGUCCGCCGUCGAUCUAGCCGCGACGCCACCGGAUUCAUCUAGCCGCGACGCCACCGGAUUCCUCUCGGCGUCGUCGACAGGAGCCUGAAGCGACGUCGCCGGAGAUCCCAGCUCUGCCACCGCCGAAUCUCUCCGUUGCAACAGAUUGCGGUCGUCCAGCAGAGAGAGAUAGAUCGACGAGAGAGAGAUCGACGGAAAAGGGAGAGAGAACACUGGAAGACGAGUCGGCUGGUACACCGGCGCUCGCCACCCUCAACCCAACACUGCCGCCCCUCCGCCGUCCCAGCAGACUGCGGCAAAUAAGAAAAAGAGAGAGAGAGACUCAGCGGCGAGCGUAGCUUGGGAAGCCAGCCUCGCCACCGCCUUCUGCCUCCGUCGCCCACCAUCUACCACUAUCGCCACCGAAAAGAGACCGUAACCGGCGAACAAAUCCGGCAACUCUCCAGCGAAAGCAGAUUACAGCAGGUUUAUUUAUUUAUUUUUACUAUUAAUUAAUUUCGAAAUUAUUCCUUUAUAUUCCGAAAAACAAUAGUUGCUCGAAAAAAUAACAAUUAUAUAUAUAUACAUAUAUGAAACUCGAUAUAUAUGUGGACAGAUACUGGAACAGUGAUAUACAAACAGCAUAAUACUUUCUACGAAAAAACAGUAAAACAUAUACUGCAUAUUAUAUUAAUCAGAUAUGUACCUGAUAUAAUUUAAACAACUAGGCAGAGGUUAAACAUGCUCUGAUACUAAAUGUUAGAUCAAAUAUACAAACAUAGAAGUUGUAAUAAUCUAACCUUAUUGCGGAAGCUAAUAGGAUCAUGUACCUCCAGCCAUAGUUGUCAUAUCCGUAGCAUUACUUGAAGGACUUGAAGGAUUGUGAGGAAUAUUAGAGUAUUUUUGUCUACCACUUGUCUCCUGGGCAACUAGAUGGUGUAGUCUGUGUCGCUAUACCAGGAGCAGUGGGAGGACCAUUGCUUAAAUAGCCUACGUGCCAUCAUUAUAGACUAAGUAACAACAACAUUGAACAGACAUCUCUAGGUGAUCUGAUGUACAGUGGCUUUAACAUCGUACUUUGGAUACGAUAAUCUGUUUGGUUGUAGCAGGGGUACUUGGAUUAUGUCAAUAGAAAUGAGAAGAUGAAGUUAUCUGCUAGAAGUGAUGCAACAAAGGAUAGUGAAGAGGCAACUGAUGAAGAUGGAAUUAAACCUUCAGUUGCAUGAAUGUAUUUCAUUUAGCCUGUAGAUUGCAGCAUAGAAAUGAAUGAAGAAAGAAUUGAUGUUAUUCACUUAUUCAAGCAAAAAGGGGAAACAAAAGCAUUAAAUAUUAGAAUUGUGUUUUCAUUCUAACUUGAUUCUAAGGAAAGUGAAGCCAUAUACCUAAGCUCUAGAGUUAUUAUUAUUAUUAUUAUUUUUUUUUGAAAACCAAACCAAUACUGAUAUAUUAAUGAAUGAGGUUUUGAAUACGUACGGGGGAGUCGUGUCACAAUUUAAUUACCUUUAAAGUGUUAUAGACAUAAAAAAAAAUUGACAAUAUUAAGUAAAGUUUUAGACUCUUAGUUACACAAAAAGAAAAAAAGAAAAUAAAGAAAAAGACACAAGUCUAGUAAUUUCCUGUAAAGAAGUUAAAAGCCUUUAUUCAGAGAAAAAUAACCUAAGCUACACUCCCUAUCUCCUCCGGUCAUCCAUGCUGCCCCCUCUCACUCUCUCCUCACGGUUUUGUCAAGUCUCACAAUCGCCGUCACUCAUCGGUUUCAGCCUAUCACCGUGCGCCCAAAAUUCAGUGUGUUUAGCGGAAGAACCAGAGAUUAGUAAGUGGAUUUGGGGAAAUAACAGAGAGCAUAACAAAUUUGUCUUCUAUUUUCUCAAUCAAUGAAAAUCGCUUCAAUGUCUCUUCUCCGGCCACGUGUGGUGCCGCUUCUAUUUUCAACUUUCAGUGCCUCGGCCUCACGGAACACCUACUUAUCUUCCCCAUUCGCCAUUGUCUUGGCAGCUCGCCAUCACCACCAAGGCUCUAAGAAUGCUCCUAGGAAACUACAACAGCCGAAUAAGAACCUCCUCAAGGCUCGUGAGACUAUCAAGCAAUUCUCGCCUCUAGCUCCGGUUCUCUCCAGCGAAGAUAAAACAAAUCUCUCUCAGGACCAAGCAGUGGGAAUGGUUGCUGCUUCACAGGCUAAUUUCAUGCGUGUUAUAGUGCAAUCAUUGCCUUCGGAAGUUUGUAGUGGUUCUGGACUGGUAGAAGGUUUCACUGAUGCUCCGGGAGUUGGAGUGGAACUACUAUGUGUGGUGAAGGCGGUGUUGAAGAAGAUCAAGAGGAGAGUGUUGGUUGGGGAUAAGGUUUUAGUAGGUUCGAUUGAUUGGGUGGACAGACGGGGAAUGAUAGAAAAUGUGUUUGAGAGGAAGUGCGAGAUUUUGGACCCUCCUGUGGCGAACGUGGAUCAUUUGCUAGUGUUGUUUUCAAUGGAGCAACCGAAACUUGAGCCCUUUUCUCUCACUAGGUUCCUUAUUGAGGCUGAGUCAACUGGAAUUCCUUUUACUCUUGCAUUGAACAAGUGUGAACUUGUUCCUGAAGAGACAUUGGCUGCAUGGAAAUCUAGGCUUCGUAAAUGGGGUUAUGAACCUAUCUUUUGCAGUGUGGAAUCACAGCGUGGAAUUGAUACUUUGCUGUUCAUUAUGAGAGAACAGACCUCAGUAAUUGUUGGCCCUAGUGGUGUUGGAAAAUCCAGUCUCAUUAAUGCUAUGAGAUUCAAUAAGCGUGGUGCUGUUGGUGUUGGCGAAGGAGAUAACUGUUCAAACCUAAUUCUGGAUAGCAAAUGGUUUGAAGAACAACGUGUUGGUGAAGUGUCUACAAGAAGUGGAAGAGGGAAACAUACCACUAGGAAUGUUUCUUUACUUCCACUAUCUGAAGGAGGGUAUCUCGCAGAUACUCCAGGAUUCUGCCAUCCUAGUUUGAUGAAAGUGACAAAGCAAUCUCUCGCAGAACAUUUUCCCGAGAUCCAAAAAAUGCUUAAAGAAAAAGAACCAGCAAAGUGUUCUUUCAGCAACUGCUUACAUCUUGGUGAACCGGGGUGCCUUGUUGGAGGAGACUGGGAAAGAUACCCAUACUACCUUCAGUUGCUUGAUGAAAUCAAAAUCAGAGAGGAGUUUCAGCUUAGGGUAGUGGGGACUAAACGAGAAAGUGAUGUGAGGUAUAAAGUAGGAGACAAAGGCGUUAUACAAGCUGAACCGCGCUUAGAACCCAAGAAGCACAGGAGACAAUCUCGUAAGAGACUGAACCAAUCAGUCUUAGAUGAGUUGGAUGAACUUGAUGAUGAGGAUGAAGAGACACUGGAUGAUGACAACCCAAUAUUGAGAGCAAUGAAGCAAGAAAACUCAUAGGAUGAAACUCGAUUAUAUUGUUGGAAAUUCUGAGGACGACUGGCAAUCAACCAUUGUUAAUAUGGCUAGAGUGUAAAGAGAGGUAAAUGUAAAUGCUGCUUCGAGCUGAAUAGUUAUGGUGAGUUGAAGCUAUGAUGACCUUUUUGGUUGGUUACUUGGUUAUGGCUUCAGCUGGAUGUGUACAUAGCAUGGAUAUUAACCAAUAAAUGAGCUUUUUCCUGUUAAUGCAUAAAACACACAUCUCACACAAUAUUUGUUUUUGGAAUUAGGGUCCGUUUGGAAAGCAGGAAAAUGACUUCUGGAAAA